UGAUGAUGAAGCUUUGCAUCGUUUUUAUUCUUAUUGCUGUGAAUUGCAGAUUGGCAUGGACACUUCAAAAUUGCCUCAGCGAUGACAGGCCAAUUUGUGUUAUGCACGAAGAUUGCAGUUACACGUUGUAUAACAAAUGCAUACUGGAGUUCCAUAAACAGAUUACUAUAAAUGAAAAAAAGCCACCUAUAAAAAAUGUUUUGACUGGAUCUUGUCCCACGGGUACAAAGCUGUGUCCCUACAAUAGAUUUUUACCUGGCAUAACUUUUGAGUGAUCAUGUUUUUAUAAAUAUUAUAAAAAUAAUAAAAUAAAAUACAUA